GGCACGCGCAGCGCGCCCCCUCGGUGCGCGGGCACAGCAGCAAGGCUGCCGGAGAGCUGAUCUCGGGGAUUCGGGUGCGGAGCCCUUGGCCUGGAGGCGAUAUGGGUGGUCCGUGGCCGGGUUCAGUCGUUUGCAGCCGCCUGGGGAACAGGCCUGUCUGGCCCUAAGGGAGCCCUCUCUCGAAGUGCUUGGACGACUCGCUCUCUGCAUUGCUGGGCACCUGUAGGUGUCCCUCGAGAGCUCAGUUUUGAGGUUCAAGUCAGUGUGGCCAUGAAGGGGCUGCCUAUUGGGCUGAUGCUGUGACCCCGGAGUCUGCCUCUCCUGCCAGUACCCCUGCCCGGAACAUGUGGCUGCAGCUUGGCCUGCCCUCGCUGUCCCUGAGCCCCACGCCCACAGUUGGCCGGAGUCUGUGCCUCACGCUGUGGUUCCUCAGUUUGGUGCUGAGGGCCAGUACCCAGGCCCCAGCACCCACAGUCAAUACUCACUUUGGGAAGCUAAGGGGUGCCAGAGUACCAUUGCCCAGUGAGAUCCUGGGUCCUGUGGACCAGUACCUGGGGGUACCCUACGCAGCUCCCCCGAUCGGCGAGAAACGUUUCCUGCCCCCGGAACCACCCCCAUCCUGGUCGGGCAUCCGGAACGCCACACACUUUCCUCCAGUGUGCCCCCAGAACAUCCACACAGCUGUCCCCGAAGUUAUGCUGCCAGUCUGGUUCACUGCCAACUUGGAUAUCGUCGCUACUUACAUCCAGGAGCCCAAUGAAGACUGUCUCUACUUGAAUGUCUAUGUGCCCACGGAAGAUGUAAAGCGGAUUUCCAAGGAAUGCGCCCGAAAGCCCAACAAGAAAAUUUGUAGGAAAGGAGGAUCCGGCGCUAAGAAACAGGGCGAGGACUUAGCGGAUAAUGACGGGGAUGAAGAUGAAGACAUCCGGGACAGUGGAGCUAAGCCUGUCAUGGUCUACAUCCACGGAGGUUCUUACAUGGAAGGGACAGGCAACAUGAUUGAUGGCAGCGUUCUUGCAAGUUAUGGCAACGUUAUCGUCAUCACCCUCAACUAUCGGGUCGGGGUGCUAGGUUUCCUGAGCACUGGGGAUCAGGCUGCUAAGGGCAACUAUGGGCUCCUUGACCAAAUCCAGGCCCUGCGCUGGGUGAGUGAGAAUAUUGCCUUCUUUGGAGGAGACCCCCGUCGAAUCACUGUCUUUGGCUCGGGCAUUGGUGCAUCCUGUGUUAGCCUCCUCACACUGUCUCAUCAUUCUGAGGGGCUUUUCCAGAGGGCCAUCAUCCAAAGUGGCUCUGCUCUAUCUAGCUGGGCUGUGAACUACCAACCAGUGAAGUACACCAGUUUGCUGGCAGACAAAGUGGGCUGUAACGUGCUGGACACCGUGGAUAUGGUGGAUUGUCUUCGACAAAAGAGCGCCAAGGAGCUGGUAGAACAGGACAUUCAGCCAGCCCGCUACCAUGUGGCCUUUGGCCCUGUGAUUGAUGGUGAUGUCAUUCCUGAUGACCCUGAGAUCCUUAUGGAACAGGGAGAGUUCCUCAAUUAUGAUAUCAUGCUAGGUGUCAACCAGGGUGAGGGUCUCAAGUUUGUAGAAGGGGUGGUGGACCCUGAGGAUGGUGUCUCUGGCACUGACUUUGACUACUCUGUCUCCAAUUUUGUGGACAAUCUGUAUGGCUAUCCUGAGGGUAAGGACACCUUGCGGGAGACCAUCAAGUUUAUGUACACAGACUGGGCAGAUCGUGACAACCCUGAGACCCGCCGUAAAACACUGGUGGCACUCUUCACUGACCACCAGUGGGUGGAACCUUCAGUGGUGACAGCUGAUCUGCACGCCCGAUAUGGCUCGCCUACCUACUUCUACGCCUUCUACCAUCACUGCCAGAGCCUCAUGAAGCCCGCGUGGUCAGAUGCAGCUCAUGGGGAUGAAGUGCCCUAUGUUUUUGGUGUCCCUAUGGUAGGUCCCACUGACCUUUUCCCCUGCAACUUCUCCAAGAAUGAUGUUAUGCUCAGCGCUGUUGUUAUGACCUAUUGGACCAACUUUGCCAAGACCGGGGAUCCCAACAAGCCGGUACCCCAGGAUACCAAGUUCAUUCACACCAAGGCCAACCGCUUUGAGGAAGUGGCCUGGUCCAAAUACAAUCCCCGGGACCAGCUCUACCUUCACAUCGGGCUGAAACCAAGGGUUCGUGAUCAUUACCGAGCCACCAAGGUAGCAUUUUGGAAACACCUGGUGCCCCACCUGUACAACCUGCAUGACAUGUUCCACUAUACAUCCACGACCACCAAAGUGCCGCCCCCGGACACCACCCACAGCUCUCAUAUCACUCGCAGACCCAAUGGCAAGACCUGGAGCACCAAGAGGCCAGCCAUCUCACCUGCCUACAGCAAUGAGAAUGCCCCUGGGUCCUGGAACGGGGACCAGGAUGCAGGGCCACUCCUGGUCGAGAACCCUCGAGACUACUCCACGGAACUAAGUGUCACCAUUGCUGUGGGGGCCUCCCUCCUGUUUCUCAAUGUGUUGGCCUUUGCUGCCCUUUAUUACCGUAAGGACAAACGGCGCCAGGAGCCCCUGCGGCAGCCUAGUCCCCAGAGGGGAACUGGUGCCCCUGAAUUGGGAACUGCUCCAGAAGAGGAGCUGGCAGCAUUACAGUUGGGUCCCACUCACCAUGAAUGUGAGGCUGGCCCACCCCAUGACACGUUGCGCCUCACAGCAUUGCCCGACUACACCUUGACCCUGCGGCGCUCCCCUGAUGACAUCCCACUCAUGACCCCCAACACCAUCACUAUGAUUCCCAACUCCCUGGUUGGGCUGCAGACCUUGCACCCCUAUAACACCUUUGCCGCAGGGUUCAACAGUACUGGGCUGCCCCACUCACACUCCACUACCCGCGUAUAGCUCUAGCCCAGAGCACAACCCAUCUCCCAGCUCCCUCCCUCCCUCCCAGACCUACAAACACACAUGCACACAUACACAUAUAUGUACACGCACGCACCCACACCCUACAGCAGACCCAUCUGCACAAACACAGACAGAUGUGGACAUGCACCCGCAUGUACAAAAACACAAAUCCAGAAGUAAACCUGAACAGGCCCUUCAAAUGGGGGACACAUAUGAGUCCUUGGUACCAAGGGCCUAUGGAACAGCAGCUUGGAGCCAGCUCCCUGACCGUGACCAGACAGACACUCCUGGGGCCCUGGAAGCCACAGCCGGACACCCCCUUGGUGCUUGCCUUCUCGGAACUGCACCUUCUACCAGCUGCAGACUCGGGAGCUUUAAAGAGCAAGAUAGCUCUUCCUCCCCCAGACUUGGUCUUUUCUCUGGGUCUUGUUUUGUUGAUUUUUUUUUUAAUGGAACCAAUGUUUUUCCAGCCCAUUGAAUGCUAAGCAGCUCUGGAAGGGAGGGUUCUAAGAUCAGGAUUCUCUGGUUUGGGGACUCCCAGUGUUCAUACAACCAGACCAAGGAAAAGGACCCUCCAAGACAGUAACAGAUGGGAACAAGACUAUGGGGAGGAAGAGGCUAGCAAUGGAUGGGGUUGGAGGGCCAUCAAGGACAGAGCACCAACUGGCUCUGUGUCCCCAUAGACGACUGCAGCAUCACCCUGGCUAGACCAGGGGAGCCUAGGUUUGGUAAACUAAGUACUGUGGAGGCCAGGACCUUAUUGGGCCUCUGGGUAUAUAAUCUGGGUUCUGCCUCUGCCCUUGGGGAAAUGAUAUCAGAAGUUUGCCCCAUUUUAUUUACAGUCUCUUGGUGUCUGUCAUUUCUCUUUCAAAACAGCGGUGUUUUGGGUUUUUGUUUUGGUUUUGUUUU